AUGGCGGCACUCGUCACUCCAGCUGCUUCGGUGGUGUCCGAGCUGGUGGUGCGGGGCCGGGAGUCCGCCGCCGUCCUCGAGGCCCUGCUCCAGGGGGGCUCGCCGCAGGAGCACGGCGGGAUCCGGGAGCUCGCCGCGGAGAUCCUUCUCUGUUGCGACCGCGCCCUCGCCGCGCUCCACGGUCGCGACGGCGUCCAUGCGGUCGCGCUCGCCAGCAGGAAGCGCAGGUCGUCGGAGCCCGACGGCGCAGCCUCUCAGACGAGGCCGAAAAGAAGGAUGCGCGCGAGCAGCGGAUCGACGGCGACGAGGGUCGAGAAGCGAUCGACGGCGGAGGACGGGCACAUAUGGAGGAAGUACGGGCAGAAGGAGAUCACGCACAGCAAGCACCCGAGGCUCUAUUUCAGGUGCUCCUACAAGCACGACAUCGGCUGCCCGGCGACGAGGCAGGUCCAGCAGUCGGACGACGACCUCUCCCUCUACGUCAUCACCUACUUCGGCGACCACACCUGCUGCCACGGCGACGAAGCCGUCGCCGCCGCAGAGGAAAAGGACGUCAAGAUGCAGCCGUUCGUCAUCAACUUCGGGAUCGGGUCGGCCACAGAGAGCAGCACCAGCGGCUCGCCUUGGCAAAACUCUGAUGACGGUGAUGGCCGGAGCGAGAUCCCACGCUCGUCGCACGCCGUAUGCUUGCCGGAGGGAGGAGAAGCAGAUGAACUGCGACUGAAGGUGACCAAAGUUGAGACAACUUCGUUAGGCUCGCAGCCAGCGAGCCCGGCGGCGGCAGAGCUGAGCUCGUCACCCGACGUUUCCUGUGCUUCCCCAGCAUGGGAUCCUUUAUCCAGCUGCUGGGAGUGGGAUCAAUUCGUCGAGAGCUCAUUCGAUUUCGUUAGUAGAUUCAUCGAUUUCGAUGACUUUGCUUUGUACCAAUAG